AUGUUGUCUCUCACCCUCCGCUGCAAAGAGCCCAUUGCAUUGCUUCUCCUCUUGAUUCUGUUCCUGAGUGAUCGUUUGGUCGCUGUCCAGAUCACUGGUGCUCUUGGCGGCCUCAAUUCGACUACAGGAGCACGACCUCUGCGAUACGAGAUCCAUGACUUUGCAAAUUCAGGCCCGGCUUUCGAUUUGUUUAUCCUCGCUCUGAAAGAUCUUCAAAGUAUUGACCAGUCAGAAGAGCUGUCUUACUUUCAAAUCUCAGGCACUGGGAGCUAUCCAGGAUUCUGCACACAUGCUGCAACCCCAUUUCCGACCUGGCACCGACCUUAUGUGGCACUAUUUGAGCAAUUGAUCUGGCAGCAUGCCCAGGAUAUUGCCAAUGACUAUCCCGAUGAUCAACGUGAUGAAUAUUCGAGCGCCGCCGUCACUUUACGGGUUCCUUACUGGGACUGGGCAGUUUAUCCAGCGCUGCCUGACGUGGUUGCGCAGCCUCAAAUCUCCAUCAACACUCCAGCUGGGCGACAAACAAUUGCCAAUCCUCUCUACAAUUAUGUCUUCCAGUCUGAUGCCGUGGGCAAUGGGUUUCCGCUUUCCGAUCCGAUGGCCAACUUUUCCGAGACUGUUCGCUGGUGGAGUUUGAACACAAAAUCUAGCAAUCAAAGCGCAGCCACUGCGGCGUUGCUGGCCAACGCUCCUGCGAUCCAAUCGUUGACAUAUCAAAUGUUCACAUCCCUGGCGAAUUACACAGCAUUCUCAUGCACCUGGCCUGGUGGCCAAUGGGUUACCGCGAACAAUAUUGAGUCCAUUCACAACAGCAUCCACAACAGCAUAGGCGGAUAUGGUCACAUGCAGUUUCCAGAAGUCGCGGGGUUUGAUCCUGUCUUCUGGCUGCAUCAUGCCAACGUUGAUCGUCUGUUUGCCAUGUGGCAAGCGCUACAUCCGGACACCUACAUCGAACCGACCGUGAAUGCAUAUGGAUCGUACUACGAGAAUGUUGGGUUUGUCGACUCGGGAACAACCGCUUUGGCACCAUUUCAUUCUGACGGUGGCAGCACGCUCUUCACAUCGGAUGACGUUCGAAGCACGAAAGUAUUUGGCUACAGUUACCCGGAACUCCCAGACUGGGAGAUGGGCUCGGACGACUUAGCCAACAAUGUACGAAUUGCGGUCAACUCGCUUUAUAAUCCCUCGUCCAACAACACAUUCAGCAGCUCCACGAAACAGGGAAGGCGACGAUCUUCCAGCAUAGCCGAGAAUUUCGGUCAUGUUUCGCUUGACCUGGCGAGGCAGCUCCGUGUUAACAACCUCAACCGGCAGUGGUCGAUUACUGUGCUUGUUGAUCGGUUCCCGAUGAAUACAAGCUUCUGCAUUGACUUCUUCAUGGGUGAUCCCCCGGAGGAGGUGUCGGCCUGGCCCGCCGCACCAAACCUCGUUGGAACAUAUGCUCAGUUCAAUCCCGCAAACGUCACAAUGCUGCAUCCGAAUGGCCUUCCCGAAGGACAAGUGCGCGGCGAAAUUUCUAUGACUCACACGUUGGCAGCAGGUGUGUCGAGGGGCGUCCUUCGAGAUCUUUCGCCGCGGACCGUCACACCGUUACUUCGCCAUGCUUUGAAUUGGAGGGCUCGAACUCCGGCUGGUGAUGAAGUACCGCUUUCUGCGCUUUCUGGACUUUCCAUAUCAGUCUCCACGCGGCCAGUGGUUCCUCGUGACACGACUGACUCUUUUCCGGUGUACGGAGCUGUGCAAUGGCUUGGUCCUGUUACAGAGGGGAAGCCAUGUGGCGUACCGCGGCCGCAUGUACAGGACGAGUUCUGA